UCGGAUGCGGUCACUGAGAUCUGAUGUUUCUACAGUUUUGGAGAGAGAGUGAAGGAUGAAGGAGGAGGAGAUUCGCGUUGGAGACUUCGGCUUCCUCUUUCCCUCCUUCCAUUAGCUCAUCCUUCUUUAAGAGGGCUGUUGAUGGACUUGAGGAGAGAUGGAUCUGCGUCGAAGAUGGCUCUUCUCCUAUGUUGUGCUCUAGUCUGCCUCUUAUCCUUUCGUGCUCUCCUCACCAGUCCUCACUCAGAUGCUGGAAGCCCAAGCAGUGCUUCUCAUGCUCAGGAAGCGUGGGCGGGAGGACGGCGGGAGCUGCGGGGCGGGCCGGGGUCGUACCCCCCGCUGUGCACGGCCAAGUGCGGCGAUUGCACGCCUUGCAUCCCGGUUCACGUGGCGGUGCCGCCGGGCAGGCCGGUGAUCGCCGAGUACUAUCCGGAGGCGUGGCGGUGCAAGUGUCGCAACAAGCUCUACAUGCCCUGACCAUCGUCUACCCGACUCCUCGCCAGGUGUUUGAUGAAUUGUCCGAUCAUCGAUCCCCUCACCUCCACAUGAACACACGACCGAGGAAGGGAUUGCUACUCUUCGUGAUCGGACCAACAUGGGGCGAGUUCGUUCAUG